GAGUGACGUCGUGCAGCGGCAGCCGGUGAGCGGCGCGCAGAUCUCAGUACAAUACUGCAAGGAGGCACGAGUAGACCCCUCCGCACACUCCCUCAUCUGUGACACCGCACCCAUUAUCUGUCAAGUUCUAAAUCUUCCAAUUAUUAUUCUCGUUAAAUAUGGACAACGCUGAUGCACUUUUAGCUGGAUUAGCCAGUGGCGACCGAGCGCCCGCAGAUGUCUUAGUUCCUGAACCUGCAAUGAAACGCGAUCAAGACUCGAUGGAUGACUUCGAGCACUUGGACCGCGAAGGGAAAAAGGAAGAGGUCGGAGAGUCGCCGCUGCACAUGGCUCAGAGCACCACGAGAAAUGCAACCCAAAGCUUUCUUGACAUGGAGCGAGACGAGUUCCUUGACACACCCCGGGCUCCGUCUGUGACGGAAAAAUCGGAUCACCUGGCCGAUAAAUUUACAGAUAGCGAGUCGGACGCAGGUGAAUCUCCCCUGCAUCGCCCCGCGCCCCCAGCGCCCGUAGCAGCGCGCGAUCCCACGCCAGAGCCAUCUGCGCCGAUGGAUCCAACGCCAGCACUAAUUCCAACACCUGCACAAAAGGCUCCUGAACCUGUUCCUGUACCUACGUCAGAAUUGAAGACUGAAAUGGUUUCUGCUCCCACGAUAAGUGAACCAAAGGAGGAGCCUAAGCCUAUUACCAAAGAGGUUAAGGCACCGGAACCCGCUCCUGAGCUUCCACCUGCAGCCGCUCCAAAACCAGAGCCAGUGCCUGAGAAGAAAGAGCCGAUCCCUGAGAAGAAUGAGCCAGCCCCUACGAAGGCGCCCAUGGAACCGAAGCCUGAAGCGACGCGAGGCCCAACCGCGCACGUCAUUGAGGCAGAGGUCAUUUUCUGCCAGAUGGGACUCGAUGCUUGGUUCGACCCGCAGAGGCUACACCCUGAAGUGGAAUCCCUGAUCUACUGGCGGUCGGCCGGGCGGUCGGGCGCGGCGCUGGGCGCGGGGCUGGCGCUGCUGGUGGCGCUCGCGUGCUGCUCCGUGGUGUCGGUGCUGGCGUACGCGUCGCUGCUCGCGCUCUCCGCGGCCGUCGCCUUCCGCAUAUACAAGAACGUGCUGCAGGCGGUGCAGAAGACGAACGAGGGACACCCCUUCAAAUGGUUGCUAGAGAAGGACAUCUGCGUGGGCGUGGAGCGCGCGCAGUCGCUGGCGGCGGCCGCCACCGCGCACUGUAAUGCGGCGCUGCACGAACUGCGCAGGCUGUUCCUGGUGGAGGACCUGGUGGACUCGCUGAAGUUCGGCGUGCUGCUGUGGUGCCUCACCUACGUGGGCGCCUGCUUCAACGGCAUCACGCUCAUCAUACUCGGCUGGAUAGCGCUGUUCACGCUGCCCAAGGCGUACGAGCUGAACAAGGCGCAGGUGGACGCGAACCUGGAGAUCGCGCGCGCCAAGUACCACGAGAUCACCGCCAAGGUGCGAGCGCUGGUGCCCAUCGGCAGGAAGUCGGAGAGUGAGAAAGACAAGUAGAGUGGGAGAGUGAGUGAGCACUACGUUCUUAUUAGCGCCGGAGUUUCACUGUUUGUUAUAUUUAUUGUACUAUUAAACUAUUUUACGUGUAAAGCUUUAUGAGACGAGUCAUGCGGAGUUUAUUGUAUUUGCUUUUUGAAAUUUUAAAUUAAAAUAACUGUCGAACCAACCUAUCGUUGUUUUAUUGUAGUCGUAAGCCCCGCUUCAAUUGUUUUUGUCGAUUCGUUAAAACGAAUUUUUGUCAUAUGUGUAAGAGAUUUGACUGUUUUAUGCGAAAACAAUAAAGAUUUUUU